CCCGUGACAAUGUCCGCCAUUUUGAUUCGAAUAUGACAGAUUUUUUUUCCUGCUUUGAAGGCGCUGUGAGGUUUGCGCUUGGAUUUUUACGUGUAUUUUGAUGCAGAACUGAAACAGAGGCGGGUGAAACUGCGAAGUGCUCGAAAUCCUCGAGAAAUUGUUUUGCAUUAGGGCCGUCGGUUAGUAAAGAAACGAUUUCCUGGAUGUUUAGCUGUCUGGCUACAUCAACAAAACAGAUUUCAUCCCCCUUUCUCAAGGUUGAGGACAGUGACUAGGUGCCGGUGCCACGGAGGUCCAGUUCCAUGCGGAUGAAAGCAAGUGUCUGCCGUGCACCCUGCAGUCUACAAGCCCAAUGUUUGCCUGUCUGCGAGAGAGGUUUCAUUAAGGAUACACACAUUUUACCAACAGACCUGUGUGCCCUGCCACCAUGUUCUGGAAGUUCGACCUGCACACCACCUCCCACAUCGACAAGCUGCUGGACAAGGAGGAUGUGACCCUGCAGGAGCUGAUGGAGGAGGAGGACGUGCUGCAGGAGUGCAAGGCCCAGAACCGCAGGCUGCUCCUCUUCCUCAGCCAGGACCACUGCAUGCAGGAGCUGGUCACCCUCAUCACCCGGGAGCCGCCCGAGGACAUGGAGGAGAAGAUCCGCUUCAAGUACCCCAACAUCGCCUGCGAGCUCCUGACCUCGGACGUGAACCACAUCAACGACAAGCUGGGCGGGGACGAGUCUCUGCUGGAGACGCUGUACGGCUUCCUGGAGCAGCAGCCCCCGCUCAACCCCCUGCUGGCCAGCUUCUUCAGCAAGACUAUCGGCAACCUCAUCGCCCGCAAGACCGAACAGGUCAUCACCUUCCUGAGGAAGAAAGAGGGCUUCAUCGGCCUGGUGCUGAAGCACAUCGACACCUCCGCCAUGAUGGACCUGCUGCUUCGGCUCAUCAGCUGCGUGGAGCCCGCCCCCUUGAGGCAGGAGGUCCUCGCCUGGCUGAACGAGGAGAAGUUGGUUCAGAGGCUCGUUGGGCUCAUUCACACGGGCCAGGACGAGGAGAGGCAAUCCAACGCUUCACAGACCCUGUGUGACAUCAUCCGUCUGAGCAGAGACCAGGCCACACAGCUGCAGGAGAGCAUGGAGCCGGACCCCCUGCUCGCUGUGCUGGAGUCGCAGGAGAGCGUGGAGCAGCUGCUGAAGAACAUGUUCCCGGAGGAGAAGAGCGAGGCCUGCAUCGUCAACGGAACUCAAGUGCUGCUUACCUUACUGGAAACCAGGAGGCCGGGGUUGGAAGGGCUGAUGGACCUGUGUUCUCAGGGAUAUGAAAGGUCUUACACUGUCAACAGCAGCAUACUACAGGGCAUCCAGCCUCAUCUAAAGGACUUCCACCAGCUGCUCCUCCAGCCCCCCAAGAAAGCGGCGAUGCUGACGACGAUCGGCGUGCUGGAGGAGCCGCUGGGGAACUCGCGGCUGCACGUGGCGCGCAUGGUGGCCUCCCUGCUGCAGGCCAGCACGCCCAGCGUCAGCCAGGAGCUCUGCCGCCUGGACACCGUCGACCUGCUGCUGGAUUUGUUUUUUAAAUACACCUGGAACAACUUUUUGCACUUACAAGUGGAGCUGUGCGUCGCUGCCAUCCUGAACCACGCGUCCCAGGAGGAGAAGGCCAUGGGCACCCUGGGGCAGGAACAGGGGGUGGUGCAGGGGCAGGAUCAGGGUAAGGGGCCGGAGCAGGGGAAGGGGGAGGGGGAGGGGCAGAAGCAGGAGCAGGAUAAGGGGCAGAAGCAGGGGCAGGGGCAGGAGCAGGAUAAGGGGCAGGAGCAUGGGCAGAAGCAGGGGCAGGAGCAGGGACAGGUGCAGGAGCAGGGGAAGGGGGAGGGGGAGGGGCAGGGGCAGAAGCACGGGCAGGAGCAGGAGCAGGGGCAAGGCGAGGGUGGGGCCAGCCAGAUGACCGGCCCGGACACGCCCGACGCUUCCGGACACAACGUCCUGAUUGCUCACCUCUUCCAGAAGUGUCGAUUGGUGCAGCGGAUACUGGACGCCUGGGAGGAAAACGACAAAAUUCAGGCUGAGGGGGGGAUGAGGAGGGGGAACAUGGGGCACCUGACCAGGAUAGCCAACGCCGUGGUGCAGAACAUGGAGAAGGGCCCCGUGCAGGCCCAGAUCGCCGACCUCAUCAAAGAGCUGCCAGAGGACUGCAGAGGACGCUGGGAAAGUUUUGUGGACGAGACGCUGACAGAAACCAACAGGAGGAACACCGUGGACCUGGUGAGCUCGCACCACCUGCACUCCUCCAGCGAGGACGACGACAUGGAGGGCCCCUUCCCCAACGAGCUGUCACUCCAGCAGGCGUUUUCGGAUUAUCAGAUCCAACAGAUGACGGCAAACUUUGUGGAUCAGUUCGGGUUUAACGACGAGGAAUUCGCAGAGCACGACGACAACAUCAAUGCCACUUUUGAUAGGAUUGCAGAGAUCAACUUCAGUUUGGAUGCGGAUGAUGACAGCGCGAAUUCUGCCGUGUUCGAGGCCUGCUGCAAGGAGAGGAUACAGCAGUUCGACGACAACGAGGAAGAGGAGGACAUCUGGGAGGAAAAGGAAAUUAACUAUGCAACACAAGUCAGAUCCAGAACAAGGUUUGGGGUCUCGCGCACCUCCGAGGGCUCCUCCAGGACUGACAUGGAGAACGGGGAGCGGGGUCGGGGCGCCGGUUCGGGCGAGGAGGAGGCGGAGUCCAAAGAGAGCUCCACCCACACGGAAAACAGCAAAAACGCCAGCCAGACUGAGGCCAAAGAGGCGGAUUCCACAGGAAGCCCAGGAUGGACGGCCAGCUUCGAGGACGCUGUGAACUCGAAGGCCCCCGCCCCCGGCGCGGCGGCGGUGGACGUGGGCGCCGGACUGUGGGACUCCGCCUCCCCGCAGCGAGACUCCGCCCACAUCGAGGACAAAGGGUGGGCCAAGUUCACCGACUUCCAGCCUUUCUGCUGCUCAGAGUCCGGCCCCAGGUGCAGCUCCCCGGUGGAUUCCGAGAGCACCGAUUCGGAAGGGCGUCCCAAACAGAGCCAGGAUAAGAGCUUGAAGGGCUCGUCGCCGUGCGCGUGGAACGUGUGUGUGGCCAGGAAGGCGCCGCUGGUGGCCUCGGACAGCAGCUCCUCCGGCGGCUCCGACAGCGAGGAGGAUGAGGAGGACAAAGCUGACAUCGUCACGGAGACCAUCACCACGGGCGCCGGCAAGGAGACCAUCAAACUCACCAUGGACGCCAAAAACGAGAAGGCGGUCUUCACGAGCAGGCCGGACACGCACAGAGUUUUUAGGCCUGCAGACAGAGGCGAGGAGGCGGAGACCGCGCUCAUGGCCAAGCUCAGCAUCGCCGACGGACCCCAGAAGGGGGCGGAGCUCCCCGAGAAAACGGAGGCAGCGGGCGACCCGCUCAACGCCACGGCGACCGCCAGCCCUGCCACAGACCUCACUGUGACGGACAAGAAAGAGGAGGCGCCCUCACCUGUGGAGCCCACUCUCAACGGGCCGGCCUGACGCUGCCGGGACCAGGACAGGUCGGACCCUCUCUGUACCGCUUCCAUUUUACUCCAAAAAAAAAAACAACCUCCUCCAUGCAACUUUCUCG